AUGUCAAAGCCUCAGUUCGAGUAUGCAAAACUCCCUCAAUUUACAUAUCAAACGUUCGACCUUAAGACUCUCAAGUUCUCGAACGUCCCGGUCAUUCCUCUCUUUGAUAAAGGAAGAACAGUCGACAAUGAUAAAGUCAAUGCUGACGUUGAGUCGAACAAGGAUGAGGGUCAGGAUGAACCAUCAGAGACUGACCCAACUGAACCUUCUUCACCCCUUGAAAGUGCCUCACUUCCCGAGCCCCCUAAUGGUACAUCUGAGCAGGAAGCUGAGCAAAAACCAGAAGCGGAACUGAGUGAGGAGAAGCCUGCUGAAGAGGCGCGGGAAGUUGUUGAAGAGCUUGAGGAGGUUGCAGAGGAGGUAGCAAAAGCAGUCGGAGAGGCAGCAGAGCAGGUAAUGGAGGAAAAUAAUGAAGAACUGCAAGAUGAGGAUUGCAGUGCAGACACCACAGAUGAGUUGGGGGUGGACGAGGGAAAUCGAAAUGAAGUGGCUCAAAACAAGGAUGCUGACCCUCCCGUGGAUGGUAAAAGUCCGGAAUAUACUGGGCUCGAGGAUUAUGGGAUCGUAGAUAGCACUGGGAACUUUGAUAAUGACGGUAAUAUAAAUCUCUACUAUUUAGAGGGUACGACACUGACAAGCACAAAAUAUCCAGAAUUUCCAGAUGUGGACCCCGAAGCUGAGGUAGAUCAGGUUGAGGCGGAGAAGGAGGCGGAAGCAGAGGCUAUUUAUAAUAAUGAUGAUGAUGACGACGACACCUUAACUCUGGAGUAUUGCGAUGAGGACACAGAAGAAGCUAUGGAUGAGGCCAAAGAGAACGAAGUACUCACAGAUGAACGCCAUAUGCUCAAAAUCGACGAACAAAAUUCUGAAACUACCGAACCAGGAAAUCCCGUUGAAAGUGGAUCCCUUGAGCCAGAAAAGCAAGACGAACAUGAAGGACCUCAUGAGGAACCAGCGGAAUGCUCUUUGGAGUACACAGACCCCCCCGAAGAGUCAGAGGAAACACCAUCCGACGAAGCUCCGGCUGAAGACCCACCAACUGAACUAGAUUGCCCAGCUGAAGAACCAACCGUAACAAAUCCCAUGGAAGAUUCAGACCCAGUGGAGGAACCCGCUGCCGAGAACCCUCCCGAUGAAGAGCCGAAUCCUCUAGAAAAGUCGGCUGUUGAAGACCCAUCAGAUGAAGAAAUAUCUUUGCCAGAAGAGGUUUCAAAUGAUGAGCCACCGUCGGAAGUCACACCUGAAGAAGAGCCUCCCACCGAAAUCCAACAGACGUAUGAUGAUUCACCAGCGGAUAGUGCUUCGUACGAAGUUGCCGUCGAAGAACUGAUUCAGGAAGAACUCGCAGCUGAAGAGUCUCUCGCUGAAGAUGCCUUUCCAGUAGAAGAAACUACCACCGGUGACUCACAAGCUGAUGAUCCGCCUGUCGAAGAUAACCCAGUGGGAGCUUCUCCGGUCGAAGAUUUGUCUGAUGAAUAUCUUCCUGCUGAGUACUCGCCUGCUGAGGACCCGCCUACUGAAGACCCGCCUGCUGAAGACCCUCCCGCUGAAGGCCCUCCCGCUGAAGGCCCGCCCGCUGAAGACCCGCCUGCUGAAGACCCGCCCGCUGAAGACCCGCCCGCUGAAAACCCUCCCGCUGAAGGCCCGCCCGCUGAAGACCCUCCCGCUGAAGGCCCGACUGCUAAAGACCCGCCCGCUGAAGACCCCACUGCUGAAGACCUGCCUGCGACAGAAUCGUCUCCCACAGAAGAUCAUUCUGCUGAAGAAUCAGUCGCAGAAGAAGCCACUGCAGAGGAGCCAGUUGCAGAAGAAUCGAUGCAAUCUGAAAAUGCACCAGGCGAAGACGCCUCUCCAGAAGAUCACUCCCCGGAGGAACUCGUUGAAGAGCCGUCUUCUGUGCCUUUUGCACUAGGCAAAUCGCUAACAGAGGCAAUUUCUGUUGAAUUUCCCGCAGAACGGCCUCCUGCUGACGAAACAAGUGGCGAAAUAACUCUUGAAAUCACCAAUGCAGAAGUCUUAAUCGAUGCUCCAUUAGGGGAGUCUGCAGAUGUUGUUGCAUCCUCCAAGACAAGGCGGAGAAAGCGGCGGCAUCGAUCGCAGUGGGAACGUGAAAGGCGGGGAUCCAAGGGCUCUUCUGAUAGUCAUGCUCUUUGUCGCCGAAAGAGUGAGCGGGGGCUUUUCUCUAACCCAUUCUCUGAAGCUGUUGAAGAAGCAAAGAAACAAAGAUUGUCAAGGCCCAUCUCCGAUGAAGAGAGGACUGAACAGAGAAGGAGAAUGGACAGUCGCAGAGAGAGUGAAUUACGAACUAGAAGACAGAGCACGGCAAAUGAUUUACUUGAUACAAGCCGCCAUUCUGGUGCUGCUGAGAGCAGACGGAAUUCGACCUCUCAUACAUUUUCAGCUCUAGCAGCCAAACCAGUCGCGUUGCUUAGGCUUAUUGCUAAUGGAGAAUCUGAAACCAAUGGACCCCUACUGAUACUUAACGUAUCUAAUCAAUACGAGAGAAGAAGAUUAUCUGCCUCUCGCCCAUCGGACUCGUCAAGUGAUUCGAGGCCCCAUUCCAACUCUCACUCGCAUUCCCACUCACAUCACAGGCAUCGACAUCAUAGUGAUAAAGAAUCAAGACCUCGCGAGGAUGGGUCGCCAAGAGACUCAAUUGACGAUGGUGAGAGGCGUCGAAGAGAACAUCGAAGAUCGAGAAGGCCUGAAGAGCAACUGGAAGAUCUACCAAGGAGGAGGGGAAGCCACAACGAGGAAAGCCACCAGGAGAGAAGGAAUUCUGAGAAAUAUAUUAACAACGGUCCUUUAGACAAAUUGAAGGAUCGGUUCAUGGGAAACCUGAAGGCUGUCCUAGCGGUCGCGUGA